AUGUCAGAACUAAGUAAGAAACAAGCUUUACUUCGGUCACUCCGCCGUCCCACUUUGUAUGGGGUGCAUACAGCAUACGGCAUACGGGAUGCGGAGUACGGAGUACACUACACCGGACUGAACUGUUCUUUGUCGGUGUCAGCUUCUGAGUCCUCAAGAGCUCAUCGGAGCAAACUCGGAAACUUGAAUGAGAUGAAUUUGGUCGAGGUAGCCUUUGUUCAGUUGAGUUUCCAAUUUAAACAACUAAAGGAGACCCCUGAAACCCUUUUCAUCUCUCGCCAUGAUACAGUAAGUGUACUGCUGGGGUUUAAGAUUGUACAGAGAACAAACUUGACUCCCUGAUAAUUAUAUUGUUCCUUACUUCUUCUAGAACAACCCUACUCACCUGUAAAACAAAAACUAACAGUUCCAACUCUUGAAUAAACAGCCAGGUAAUGGCAGCAUAUAAACUCCCUUAACCCCUCUAAACUUAUCAUUUCUUUCCUCACCAACCUUCAAGAUGUCUUACACUACAAACAACACCUGCAAAUACGGACCUGCCAAAGCAACCAAUUCUACUACUAGCAAUACAGCUAGUACUAGUUCUGGUGUCACAGCUAACAAUGGACCGAGUUCUAGCGGCCACUCUAACUCUGGCUCCAGCACUGCUGCAAGUGGGAAGACAGAGUCGAAGUUGCGAGGCGGGAAGAGUGACUGA